AUUUUCUUUGGCGCAUAGAUUACAUUUCGCAGAUGUAACAUGGAGGUACUAAUGAUAAUCUACUUUAUUGCCUGUGGAAUAUAUACACAAAAAUUAUAAAUUAAUUGUUAAAGAAUACAUUCUGUUAUAAGCGCGAUAUGAUCAAAAUUGCUACGAGUACGAGAGUCAAACACAAAAGGUUUUAAGACUCUUUUUAUAAAUUUUAAUAUGGGCAGUGUCACGAAAGAAACAAAAAUUGUUACACUUUAAUGGAAAUAAAUAAAUUUUAUCUAGAUUCUUUACAGUACGUAUUUAGGCAGAAAGUGAAAAGUUGCCAUAACAGUUUCGCUUCUGACUACUUAUUAUUCUUAAGCUUAGUGACAGACGUCAAACGCUAAAAAUGGCGGACACAAGUUGUUCUCGAUAGCGUGUCUAGUACGUAGUACAUUUAUGUCAAUGACUACGGGUCGCUAUGUUGCUGUAAAAAGGGUCAGGGAAAUCAUUAACAUAAAGGGCGCUGUUAAGGCGCAUGUUCAGUUUAGUAUGAAAAGUUUAGUUCCAAUUAAAUUCCGCAAUAUGGCGCGUGAUCAUAUAUUACUGGUCAGGCUUUACACAAGACUAUCCCGUUCGGUCAUUUCCCCCCAUCGCUCAUGCCUGAUCCAGUUAUACUAGAUUCAUGUCCCCACAAAUAUUUUUUUUUUAGUUUCGCGACUUUUUCCCUUGAGAAAUGGUUUGCCAGUCUAAAAAUUAGGACAGUGUCUUUUCACAUCGCAUGUAUCUGAAGUGAAUAUACUCUGGCACAGAGACCUUACCAGUAGAAAAAGGCGGCAAAAUUAAGAAAUGUAGGUGCGAAGAAUUAACUUCCCAUAGAAUAUUUGAAUUUCGCGCCUUUUUCUUCUGACGACAAGUUGGGGUGUAAGGUGUGUUUCACUUAUAAAGGCAUGGAACAUGCGUGUCCAGCCUAAUUUCGCUAUAAAGGCUCGUCCAGACAAGAUGAUCAAAUUGACAAUUUGAUUAGAAAAAAGCGUCAAUCUCAUCUUGUGUCCAUACGUAAACAAUUUAAUAGUGGAAUCAGUGAACCAAUGUCCUUCAAUUUCAGUUUUAGGUCCACGUCACCUGACUAAAUUAUCAAUUUAAAUAGUUAAUUUAGUCGGUUUGAGCGAAAAAUUGUCCAAUCUUAAUAGCCUUAAUUGUGCACUAGCAACAUUGGCAAAACGUCAAAGAUGACAGUGACAUCUUUAAAUCGUCAACAUUUCGAAACAAGGGACAAUUUCAAUUUUAAUGUUAUUAUUCUAAAAAUGUUUGGCUAAAACAGUGAUAUUUCAUUAAAAUGGCUUUUCCAAAAGUCGAAGGAUAUGUAGUGACUGAAAAACUUGGUUCUGGAAGCUAUUCGACGGUCUACAAAGCAUAUACAAAGGUGGGUGGACGCGCGAUAGUCGCAAUAAAAUGCGUAGAAAAGUCGCGUGUGCGCGGCGCCGCUGCGGACAACCUUAUCACAGAGAUCAGGCUGUUAAAGACUCUGGCACAUCCACACAUUGUUGCUAUGCGCGAGUUCUCAUGGGACGACAGGAACAUCUAUAUAAUAAUGGAGUAUUGCUGCGGCGGUGAUCUGUCCAAGUACAUCCGUAGAUACGGCCGCGUUCCGGAGAAACAGGUCCUGUACUUCUUGCAGCAGCUGGCUUCUGCACUCAAGUUUUUAAGAGAAAAAGGCGUGGUCCACAUGGAUUUGAAGCCGCAUAAUCUUCUGCUGCACAAGGGCUCGGAUGGCAAAUACAUCCUCAAAGUGGCUGAUUUCGGCUUCGCCCAGUUUCUGUCAGACGAGAGUCGUCAGAAAAUGGUUCGCGGCUCGCCCCUUUAUAUGGCUCCAGAAAUGUUGCACGGUGACUAUACUGCUAGCGUCGAUCUGUGGAGCGUAGGUGUGAUAAUGUACGAAUGUCUGUUUGGUACUGCGCCGUAUUCCUCCGCCACGCUCCAAGAACUGGUCAAUAAGAUACAGAGCCGGGCGCCCAUACACCUACCCCACGGCGCCGGUAUCUCUUCUGGCUGUAAGGACCUUCUAACCAGACUCCUGAAGCAUGACCCUGAGGAGAGGAUCACAUAUGAGGAGUUCUUUCAGCAUCCAUACUUGGACCUUGAACAUAUGCCGAGCAAAGAAAACUAUGACAAGGCUGUCGCGUUGAUAAAGCAGGCUGUGGCCUUAGACGCCGCGGGGCGGUUAGAGGAAGCGUUUACCGCUUACUGCUCAAGCUUACGAUAUUUAGUGCCUGUCGUCCAAUGCGAGAGCGAUGCGAUGCGGCGGCAGGCGCACCGGGCCAAACUCACCAGCUACAUGGACCGCGCGGAGCAGCUCAAGCUUGUGUUACGGGGGGGCGUCGCCCCCGCCAGGGUGCCCCUCGCCGCUCCCCGGGGGGCGCCGCAUGCUACAGUAAACACAACAGGCCAUGUGGAAGAAGUUCAGACGCCGAUCGACCACGUAUGUGCUGAGAAUGAGCGGGACGAUGAUAAGGAGCCGCCUGACCGUCGGAGGGGGAGGGAGGGAGCGCGCGCGCGGCUGUGGCGCCUGCUCGGCCGGAACACGCCCAGCUUGGACGCGGAACCUUCGGAGGAUGCAGGGCCAUCAGACAAGGCGCGAGACGACCCGGCGGGCGACGUUUGCCGUAUCACGUGAUAUAACUUAACACUUAACACAUUGCCAAUUGA